UCAGGUAUAAAGCGCCCUUAAACUGUGUCCUUAUUACGACAUUGUGUUCUUAAGUUGUUAUCUAACGUUAUAUCUCUCUGCUGGGGGAAAUCGAUGCAGUUCUGUAAGUGGAACCACAGUGGAACGUUGCUCGACGAUUCCAGUCGGAGUCUUUUACCAAACGGAUCGAUUUAACGUUUUGAAAAGCGGCGGAGCGAAAACAAACGUGUUGUUUUGUUUUACUCUUUUAUAAUUCAGGUCAAUAAACAGGCCAGUAUAUUAUGGCUGUCCCAGGUCCGAACAAAGACAACAUCAGAGCUGGCUGCAAACGAUGUGGAUAUCCUGGUCAUUUGACUUUUGAAUGUCGUAAUUUUGUUCGUGUGGACCCGAGGAAGGACAUUGUUUUAGACGUGAGCAGCACCAGCAGUGAGGAGAGUGAAGAAGAGGAACAGGAAGCUGUCAGUAAAGAGAAGAUCUUUGGCAGCCAUUCAAAAGGUUCUCAUGAAGAUUCCAAAAAAGAAAAACAUAAAAAGAAAAGCAAAGACAGAUCCCAUCGAAAGGCCAAAAAGAGGUCUCAUUCAUCUAGUGAUGAUGAGGAGGAAGUGAGCAAGAAGAAGAAAAAGCACAAGAGUCACAAGAAGAAAGGGAAAAAGGAGAAAAGGGAGAAAGAGAAGAAACAGAAGAAAAAACAUAAAAAGAAAGACACCGAGUCCUCUUCAUCUGACAGCUCUACUGAAUCUUCAGACACAGACUAAAGUUUUGACAGGACCACAGAAUCACCGCAAAGUGAACAGACAACCUGGAAAAUAGCUACAGCCAGAGCCAUUUGUACAUAAUUCUGUCCCAGACACAUUUAUACUUUAAAACAGUUUUUUUCUUUUAUAUGUACCUCUGAGAGUUGGAGCGCUGGUCUUUUUUUGUGGUGUUUCUAAUGAAACUGUAUUUUGUAUAUAAAUGAAAUUAAAACAACCCAGACUCCUUUUGGGUGAAUACUAUUAAGAACAUUGUUUUUAUUAUGUUUUACUAGAAAUGUUAAAAAAAAUUAUGCAUUUAUUCUACAAUAAAGGGUCAGGGGCAAUUAUUUUGACUGUUUAACUCUUAAUCAAUACGA